UGUCUGAGAGACGUGAGAGGGUGAGGACGCUCGCUCUGGUCCUCUCCACGCUUGUGUUAGUCGUCUUUUUACCUCUUUCAUUGGUCAUCAGUUUCGGGAGAUUAUUGUUACCAGUUUGUCAUGGGGGAAAACGCGGCGUCGAGCGGCACCUUGGUGUUUUUCGUGAAUGGAAAGAAGGUGGAGGACUCCAGCGUGGACCCUGAGUGGACGCUUCUCAGUUACCUUCGCAACAAACUGCGGCUAUGCGGCACGAAGCUUGGGUGCGGCGAGGGCGGCUGCGGCGCUUGUACCGUCAUGAUCUCCCGAUACGACCGCAGCAACGACAAGGUCAUCCACUACUCAGUCAACGCCUGCCUGACUCCCGUGGUUUCAACGCACGGCCUGGCCGUCACCACCGUCGAGGGCAUCGGCUCCUCCACCACUGGCCUCCACGCCGUGCAGGAGCGCAUAGCACGUGCGCACGGCUCCCAGUGCGGCUUCUGCACGCCCGGUAUAGUCAUGUCCAUGUACACACUCCUCAGAAACACUCCUAAACCCUCUAUGGCCGAUCUCAACGAGUACUUCACAGGGAACCUGUGUCGGUGUACUGGAUACCGUCCCAUUCUCGAGGGCUUCCGUGACCUGACCUCUGAUGCUGCUGCUGCUGCUGCUGGGUGUGGCAUAGCCGGCUGUUGCAAGCUCCGUGACCUGACCUCUGAUGAUGCUGCUGGGUGUGGCAUAGCCGGCUGUUGCAAGCUCCGUGACCUGACCUCUGAUGCUGCUGGGGGUGGCAUAGCCGGCUGUUGCAAGCUCCGUGACCUGACCUCUGAUGCUGCUGGGGGUGGCAUAGCUGGCUGCUGCAAGCUCCGAGGUACAGACUGCAGCAUCCAAGCUGCAACGGAAAACGGAGAAACGGAAGCACCUGCCUUGCUCUACGACACUAGACAGUUCCGGCCCCUCGACCCCAGCCAGGAGAUCAUCUUCCCUCCGGAGCUGAAGGUGCGAGGUGAUCUUGACAAGCAGUACUUGGAGAUAAGAGGAGAAAGAGUCGUCUUCUACAGACCAGUGUCCCUCCCUCAGCUCCUCCGGCUCAAGACGCUGUACCCCAACGCCAAGAUUAUCGUCGGCAACACUGAAGCUGGUGUGGAGGUGAAGUUCAAGAACCAGGAGUACCCGGUGAUCAUCAGUCCCACCUGCGUGGAGGAGCUCACUUCAGUCACGGUCACGGAGACUGGCGUAGUCUUUGGAGCCUCUGUCACCCUGACCGCCUUGGAGAACACACUUCGUACCCAAGUCCACGUCCUCCCAGAACACAAGACGCGAGUGUUCUCUGCUGUGCUGGAGAUGUUGCGGUGGUUCGCUGGCAAGCAGAUUAGGAACGCUGCGGCUAUUGGUGGCAACAUUAUGACCGGGUCACCCAUCAGUGACCUCAACCCCUUGCUGCUGGCCGCUGGGGUCACCCUCACUCUCCACAGCCAAGGAGACGGUGAGCGACGCGUGUUGAUGGAUCAACACUUCUUCACCGGCUACAGGCGCAAUAUUGUCCGGCAGGAUGAGAUUCUGCUCAAUGUCCACAUCCCCUACACCCAGGAGAACGAGUACUUCCUGGGGUACAAGCAGUCCCGUCGCCGGGAGGACGACAUAGCCAUUGUAAACGCUGGCUUCAGGGUGAGGUUUCGACCUGACUCCAGUGAAGUUACCCGCCUCGACCUGGCUUUUGGCGGCAUGGCUCCCACCACCGUCAUGGCCCUCACCACCAUGAAGGCGCUGGUGGGCAGGCAGUGGGAUCCCUCGCUGCUGGAGGACGCCACGUCCCUCCUCCUACAGGACCUUCCUCUCCCUCCUUCUGCGCCUGGUGGCAUGGUGGAGUACCGUCGCGCCCUCACUCUCAGCUUUUUCUUCAAAUUUUACCUGAGUGUGAGAGGUCGCUUGAGCGAGUACCUGCCGGAGGUGGCGGCGCCCCUGACGCAGGAGGAGCAGCGGGCCGUCCUCGCCCACCCUCACGUUGUGCCCUCCUCCACACAGCUCUUCCAGGUACGCGAUGGACAGAACUCAGAGGACCCCAUCGGGCGGCCCAUAACUCACACCUCUGCACUGAAGCAGGCGACGGGGGAGGCGGUGUACGUGGACGACAUGCCCACCUUCACCAGAGAACUCCAGGCUGCCCUCGUCCUCUCCUCCAGAGCCCACGCCCACAUCCUCGACAUUGACGAGUCUGAAGCGCUGAAGGUCGAUGGCGUGGAGAGGUUUUUCAGCGCAAAGGAUCUCCCAGGAAAGAGGAACGUAACCGGUUGUAUCAUCUUCGACGAAGAGGUUUUUGCCUCUGAGAAAGUAACGUGUGUAGGCCAGGUGGUAGGCCUAGUAGUGGCCAAGGACCAGGCCACAGCCCUUAGAGCAGCCAAGCUCGUUAAGAUACAAUAUCAAGAUAUCCAACCAGCUAUAAUCACCAUUCAGGACGCUAUCGAGGCGAAGUCAUGGUGGGAUCCAUGGACUAUACGCAGUGGUGACUUGGAGGCGGCCUUCAGCACCGCAGACCAUGUUCUGGAGGGCGAGAUGUAUCUGGGAGGUCAGGAACAUUUCUACCUGGAGACAAAUGCCCACCUUGCUGUGCCUAAAUGUGAAGAUGGGGAAAUGGAGCUGUUUUCGUCGUGUCAAAACCCCACCAAGACCCAGGAACUGGUCGCCAGGGCCCUUGACGUUCCCAGGAACAGGGUCGUUUGCCGGGUUAAGAGAAUGGGCGGAGGUUUUGGCGGGAAGGAGACGCGGACCAGCGUCGUCUCUGUUCCAAUCUGUGUCGCUGCGGCUGCGUUGGGACGUCCAGUGCGCAUUAUGCUGGACCGGGACGCAGACAUGGUGGUAACAGGAGGCCGGCACCCGUUCCUGUGUCGCUGGAGAGUGGCCUUCACUAGCCAAGGCAAGCUCCUGGCCCUCGAGGCCGACCUCUAUGCCAACGGUGGCUGCUCCUACGAUCUCUCGUCUUCCAUCGUUCAGAGAGCCAUGUUCUCCAUUGAUAAUGCUUACAAGUGGGAGGCGCUGCGGGUCACCGGCUACGCCUGCAAGACCAACCUUCCCUCCAACACCGCCUUCAGGGGCUUUGGCGGACCUCAGGGCAUGAUGUUUACUGAGGACAUUGUGUCGCGAGUCGCUGCCUUCCUCAAGCUCGAUGCUGUUCAGGUGAGGGAGAAGAACCUGUACAAGAGCGGCGACACGACCCACUUCACACAGGUGCUGGAGCGAUGUACCGUCGGCCGCUGCUGGCGAGAGGUCCUCCUUCAGGCCAAUUAUCAAUCCCGUGCGGCUGAGAUUGAUCACUUUAACAGGGAGAAUAAAUACAAGAAACGAGGACUUGCAGUGGUGCCGGUAAAGUUUGGCAUCUCGUUCACGGCCACUUGCCUCAACCAGGCCGGGGCUCUGGUGAUGGUCUACACUGACGGCUCCGUCCUGCUCAGCCACGGCGGCACAGAGAUGGGUCAGGGCCUCCACACCAAGAUGGUACAGGUAGCUUCGCGGGUGCUGCAGCUGCCGGUGGAGGAGAUCUACAUAGCCGAGACGGCUACAGACAAGGUACCAAACACCUCGCCCACAGCUGCCUCCGCCUCCUCUGACCUUAAUGGCAUGGCUGUUUUAGAGGCCUGCAGCAAGAUCAUGGAGCGUCUCAAGCCCUAUAUUGACCAGAAUCCCGAGGGAGCUUGGAGAGACUGGAUCAACGCAGCAUACGUAGACCGCGUCUCGUUGUUCGCCACUGGCUUCUUCAAGACUCCGGACAUCGUGAGCUUCAACUUCGAGACGGGCGAGGGGCGGCCAUUCAGCUAUUUCUCAUACGGAGCCGCCGCUACAGAAGUGGAAGUUGACUGUCUAACAGGAGACCAUGCGGUGCUACGAACUGAUAUCGUGAUGGACGUGGGAGAGUCCCUCAACCCUGCGAUAGAUAUCGGCCAGGUGGAGGGAGCAUUCAUGCAGGGCGUGGGGCUCUUUACCCUAGAGGAGCUCUGCUACUCCCCCGAGGGCGUCCUUCUCACAAGAGGACCCGGAAUGUACAAGAUACCAGGUUUCCAGGAUAUACCGAGGGAAUUCAACGUGUCUCUUCUGCGAGGGGCGCCGAAUCCAAGGGCUGUGUUCUCGUCAAAGGGCGUGGGGGAGCCGCCGCUCUUUCUGGCCGCGUCCGUAUUCCAUGGUAUUAAACAGGCCGUGGCUGCCGCUCGCGCCGACCAGGGACUCGACCCAGUCUUCCGCCUGGACUCUCCUGCUACAGCUGAACGCAUCCGCAUGGCCGCUCCUGACUUCCUCACACGCAAGAUUGAGCCAGCAAGCCCUGGAACGUUCAAGCCAUGGUCUGUGAGAGUUUAGGUCCAGAGACCAGCCGUUGGGAGUUGAACAUUCAGGCUGCGAGAGGCAGCUGCAGAGACCAGGAGAUGUGGUCUGAACGUUCAACUGUGGUCUGAGAGGCAGCUGCAGAGACCAGGAGAUGUGGUCUGAACGUUCAACUGUGGUCUGAGAGGCAGCUGCAGAGACCAAAAGAUAUCUUGAUGACGUCUCUCAAGGCGUUUAUUUGUUAUCAGAAAGUUCAUGUUCAAAUUGUCAGUGUUCUUACUCUAGGAGUGUGUGAGGAGCUUGUAUCUUCUGGUUUGUGUUCAUGGGAGUCUUGCUUCUGCCAAUUAUGUCUUUAAGAUUCUUUCCGCCAUCUUCUGGAUUGCUCUCCAGCUGAACAGUAAGAUGUACAUUGUUACAUUUACUACUAUUGGUGAAGCAAGAUAUACUAGUGGCGUUUGUCGACAAGUAGGUGAACUAGUGCAAAAUGGUUAAAAUAUGUGCAGACCUUUCAUGCUCGACACACUUUCGAAGCAUUAAUAAAAGUUAAAAUAAAAAGAAAUUUAUGCUUUCGAAGCAUAAAUUUCGAAGCGACACACCUGCCUCCAAAGAGCCCUUGAGACAAAAAACUACUAGAUAGAGCCAUGGCAAGUAAGUGUGACUGGGUCCUGGACAACUGUCUAUGUUCAGUUUAUUUUUUAAUCUUCCCCUCCACUCUAUUAUUGAAACCGGUUAGUUUGCCUCGAUGAAAGCUGGCGACAGUCCAAUCAUCCAUAACACUGUUUUCAAACUAGUACUUUUCGACACAACACCCAAGACAAAAUUCCCCAAACGUAUACUUAUUUAUGCUGAUUUUUUGUUUUUUUUUAGUUAAUUUCAAAACCUUGUUAUUAACCCAUAUUCACCUUUUUUUAUCUCUUUCCAGCGAGUACUGAUUGAGACGCAAACAAUCUUGAGAAACAAAGUGGUUAGGGGACAUUUGAUAUAGUUUUAUGUAGAGGAAUUAAUGUUUAACAGGUGCACAAAAUAUUGUCUAAAUUUCGAAGCGAGUCGGAACUUCUCACAAAGAAUUAAGGGCAUGAAGCAAUGAUUAAUCUUUGGUGUGAGUAAAUAAUAAAUAUUCAGGUGAGUAAACCUGAAUAUUUCGGUUGCUUCCGAAAAAAAAACUUUAAAAAUUUAAGACUAUUUAAAAAUUAACAAAAGAAUGCUUAUUGUUUGUGAAGACAGUUUAUUACUCAUCCGAUUAACUAACUAGAUUAAUUUUAACUUAAGUUAAAGCUCAUAAAAGUUUUUUUUAAAGGUAAUCAUAGUGUUUGUCUGGGUAGCAGUUCAGGCUGUUUGCCUAUAAGCCACAGGUGGCUUGUUUUAUACAAAAGUAAAUGAAUUUGUGUGUGUGUGUGUGUGUGUGUGUGUGUGUGUGUGUGUGUGAUGGUAGUGGUGAUGGUAGUGGAGAAGUCAGGAGGCCUGGUUGAAGACCGGGCCGCUGGGACGUUGAGCCCCGAAAUAAUCAUUACAAGGUCCUCUCUAACAACUGUGGCAAUGAGUCCUUGGUAAUGAGUUUCCGGUUAAUGAUUUUGAAGCUAGAAACAGACUUGAGGCAUAAUUGAUAACCUGACAGAGUACUCAUGUACUUGUAAAAAAAAUUGUAAUAUUUUUUUUAAAUAAAAUCUACAAAAAGUAA